AUGUCUGUGGCUGUCGUCACCAGCCAAAGCUUCCAUUCCCACCACCACGAUGGCGACGGUGUGCAGUUCCUCAACUUUGGUACAGCAACGAACGAUGGCAGGCCGGUCGACUCGGAUAGCCUAUUCUGCAUCGCCUCCAACUCGAAGCUUUUCACGGCAUUAUCCGUGCUCAAGAUGAUCGACGACGGCGUCACCGUCCCAAACGGGGCGCUGCUCACCCUCUCCACAAAGGUUAAAGACGUGCUCCCCGAGUGGGACCUGAUGGACGAGUACGCGGCUAGUACCGCUGACAUUGCCGACCUCAUGUCCAUGCGCUCUGGCAUGCCCUCUCACGACUUUUCGUACGACAACGUUCUGCCUGCCGAGACAGUCGCUAACCUCGCACGACUCCGGCCCUCGGCCGAGUUCCGCCAAGUCUUCCAGUACCAGAACGGUCACUACGUUGCACUUGCCCAUAUGGUUCCGACUCUCACUGGUGUACCAUUCAUCCAAUACGUUGAAAAGCACUUCUUCGCACCCCUCGGUAUGUCAGCGACGACGUACAACCACACCGCGGCCGCAGCCAGCGGGCACCGUACAGACGGACACACGCAUACGGGGUUGAAUAUGACCGAGUGUGUAGCCAAGUCUACGCUCGGAAAUCACAAGAAGCGUCACAAGAGCUGCCACGGGAGUAUUGCGCCGUUCGGAUGGUUCACGGACACUGAUGGUACCGUCAAUGCUGGCCCGGGUGGGAUAAUCAGCUCAGCACGCGACGUUGCGCGCUGGCUUGCAGAGCUCCUUGACCCUCAAGUCGUGCCUGCCCAUCUCCUAGCCGCGGCUGCGGAGCCACGCGUUGUCGUGGGCAACAAGUCGAUGCCUGGCGCGGACAAUCUGCCCUCUCUCUACGGUGCUGGUCAGUUCAUCCACUCGUACCGCGGCCAUCGGGUCGUCAGCCACACGGGCGGGGUUCCUGGCCAACAGACGCUCAUCGCGCGCCUGCCAGAGGCGGGGAUGGCAGUGGCGGUCCUAACGAAUGACGCCGACUUUGGGUCCUACGCCUUCCACACCGUGUUCGCGGCGAUCGUGGACAACAUGCUGGGCCUCAAGCCUCUGGAUGUGGAGACAGAAUGGUUCCGGCGGUACACGGCCAAUGCCUUUGGACCGAUUAAGAAGAACGGAGCUGAGCCAGCGUAUGGCUUUGGCGCAGUGCCAGGGAGAUACAAAGGGGCGGGAUAUGGGACGCUUAAGCUUGAGCCCCUCAACCACGGCGAUCCUGUACAUGCUCGCCUUCCGCUCGAGCUGGCACGUUUCGGAAUGGCUAGCAAGCACGUCUUUGUAGCACCGUACCACCGAAUCUUCGGGACCCACCUGGUGUUCACCCACUGGGACGGGCCGCACUUCAACUGGACGGUGUUGAUCGCGCGGCACCCGGAUCAAGGCUUUGGAAAGGGUACGCUGGCCAACGGGCCUGCGAUCAUCACGCCAACGGGCAUCGGUAUGUUUGGCGGGUUCAGUGUGCCUGGGGAGGGGGCACCCCACAAGCAUCUUGCCGUGGAGACAUGUGAGGAGGGGAGCGAGGUGUGGUUUGCACGCAAGUAA